GUUGAAAACGCGGGGUGGAAAAAGCGAAUAGCGUUGCAGUAACAGUAAGAGAUGAUUGGCGAUGUAUGAUUGGUUGGUUUUUAUUCCCUGUUCUCGUUUGUGGAGUGGAGAACACAAGGCCAUCACCUCCCUUGCUUUCUUUUCUCUCUUUCUUUCCAUGAACUUUUUUUUUUUUAAUUUCUCAUUAAAAGAUUAUUGAUAAUAUUAAUAAUAAUUAUUAUUUUUAUUAUUAUUCAUAUCGGUUUUAUUUAACUGUUGUUGUUGGUGGGGUGAACCGGUGAAGGGUGAUCGUAGUUUAAGUGAGUGAGGGAGAUGGAAUGUGAAGAGUGAGUGACAGGGUGGUGAUGAUAGUAUUAUUAUGCGUGUAUGGAAUUCGAUGCCGCGAUUCCCGUGUCCCGAGAGCACCUUCCUCAAGAUGCAAUGUGGCAAAUUAACUUAAGGUCAAGUGAAACAAUGGAAUCUGGACCUUAUCCCGAGCAUCCAGGAGAACCAGAUUGUUCAUAUUACAUCAGGACCGGCCUUUGUAGAUUUGGAGCAACAUGUCGAUUUAAUCAUCCUCCUAACAGAAAGCUGGCUAUUGCUGCUGCACGGAUGAAAGGUGAAUUCCCAGAAAGGAUAGGACAGCCAGAAUGCCAGUACUAUUUAAAGACAGGAACUUGCAAAUUUGGAGCCACAUGCAGGUUUCAUCAUCCUAGAGACAAGGCUGGGAUUGCUGGAAGAGUUGCCUUGAACAUUUUAGGCUAUCCACUCCGCCCAAAUGAGCCUGACUGUGCUUAUUAUUUAAGAACUGGACAAUGUAAAUUUGGGAACACUUGCAAAUUUCACCAUCCCCAACCAAACAAUAUGGUGCUUUCCAUGAGAAGUUCUCCUGUUUAUCCUAGUGUCCAAUCUCCAACUACACCAGGUCAGCAGUCUUACGCUACAGGAAUUACAAAUUGGCCCAGUUCAUCGUAUAUUCCUAGCCCUCGUUGGCAAAGUCCUUCAAGUUAUGCUCCUUUAAUUCUACCUCAGGGAAUGGUUUCAGUUCCUGGCUGGAGUGCAUACAGUGGUCAAAUGGGAUCAGAUAGUUCACAACAAACAAUGGGAAAUGGCCAAAGCUAUGGAACCAAUCGGCAAAGUGAACCAACCAAUGCAGGAUCCCAGGGAGCAUAUUCUCAAUUUCGUUCUGGCUCUGUUCCUGUAGGUUUCUAUGCGUUGCAGAGGGAGAACAUAUUUCCUGAGAGACCUGAUCAACCAGAAUGUCAAUUCUACAUGAAGACUGGAGAUUGCAAGUUUGGUGCAGUCUGUCGUUUCCAUCAUCCACGUGAAAGGAUGAUUCCUGCUCCUGACUGUGUUUUGAGUCCUAUAGGCCUUCCUUUACGUCCUGGAGAGCCUCUUUGUGUCUUCUAUUCACGGUAUGGCAUAUGCAAAUUUGGUCCAAGUUGCAAGUUUGAUCACCCAAUGGGAGUCUUUACCUAUAACAUAUCUGCAUCACCUUCAGCUGAUGCCCCAGGGCGGCGAAUGUUAGGUUCUUCAUCAGGAACUUCUGCAUUAAAUUUAUCAUCAGAAGGACUUGUUGAGUCAGGCUCAGCAAAUCCAAGGAGGCUUUCAUUAUCAGAGACUAGACAGAUUCCUUCUGGUGAUGAUAACAUUGAUGAAGAGGGAUAAUGAUGUCUCUUGGAAAUGGGUUACUUGCUUUUUACAAUUUUUUUCAGGGGAGAAAAGGGUAAUCUGUAAAUUGAUUUUCCCAUGCUGAAGGUGUACAGACUACAGAGUUCAUGUGAAGCUGAUUCUAUCAACGUGCUAUUUAAUGCCGUUGACAGAUUCAGUUGUUCUGAAUUUCAUGCUGUCACAUUGUAUAAAUUUUACAAAUAUUUGUCACAUUUGGUGGAAACCAAAUGUGAACAUUUCUUCAGUCCUUAAGUCAGUCUAUAUAUUUAAUGUUUUCCCAAUA